UGUCCAUAUCUAUGGCUUUCACGAGCAGUACAGAGCAGAAGUUGCGGAUUAAUUUGACAAGUCCUGUCAGAAAAUUGCCAAUGGACACUUUAUCAGAAGAAUGAGUAUUAUAAACGACGUCGCUCUGAGUUGAAAUCGAAGGGGAAGUGAGUCUCACGCAGACCAACUAAUGGAGACAAAAUAAAACGGACAAGCUAAGGAAUUGUAUAUCUACCGUCCUGCUUUACGACGUGGCCUCAGCAUCAUGACAUCGACAGGCAACCAGUUCUUCAUUGUCACUGAAACGCCUGAGUCCCCUCGACACUACCAUGCCGGUUGCAUAUGUUAUAUUCAUGAGCAUCAACAAAGUUUUGGCUUCCCCAAAAAAUUACAAGUAUUGGUACAACGCUCAUUGACACCAUUGUACUGUGAGGUGGAUAAGAGCUGUUUGGAGGAACUGAGUGCAGAUGAAGCUGGUCUGCUGCUGGCCCUCACUGACGACUCUGAAAGGCUCAAGUGGUUCAGAGAAAAAGAUGUUCUCCAUAGAGCACAAAGACUUUCUGAGGGAACUGAAGUGGUUGUGGAAGAAGGAAGAGAGAAAUUGAAUGGCAUCAUCCGCUACAUUGGAAACCUGUCAGAACCAGUGUCAGAAGAGCCUUUGAAGGAAAUAUUCUUUGGAAUUGAACUGCAGGGAGAAGACUUGGGCAAGGGGAAUACAGAUGGCUGCUACCACAAUGAGACGCUCUUCACUUGUGACAAAGACUGUGGUAUAUUCGCUCCUUUUUCCAGAGUCCAGCCACGUUGUUCCAACUCCGUAUCACCAGCCGGCCCAGAGUCCUCUCUGUAUUCAGAAACAGAAAAGCCAGUCCCAGGUGACAGAGUCACAUACUUCAUUGAAGAUUACUGUCGCUAUGGAAUGGUGGUGAAUGUCCAGGAAAAGGAUGCAAAACAUUUUGUGUUGAUCUCUACGGACACCGAUGCCACUGGGAAGACAGGCGAAGUUGAAGUCCCACUACAAUCUGUUUUUAAGGGAGAUUGUCCUGCUGAGUGUGAUCUGAAUGACCGUUACAGUCCUGCAGUGGAACAAAAAUCUGACUUGGGUCUAGGUGUGAAUUCACUGGUGGAGGUGUCGUUGGGUACUGGCAGUUUAUAUGGAAUAAUCCGCUGGAUUGGCACCCUUCCUGGGCGGCAGGAAAUUAUGGCUGGACUUGAACUUGAGGAGGACAAGGGAGUGAGUGAUGGUACCUUCAAAAAUGUGUGUUUCUUCCAAUGUCCUCCCAGGAGAGCUCUAUUUGUGAAGUACAGCAGUUGUCGUCCUGAUGCACGAUUUCUGAAUGAUGGUGACAAAGAUGUGUCACCAAAGCAUAAAGUGACAGACAGAGAAAGACAAAAGAAUAUUGGAAAAAUGGAUCCGGUUGCUCCCAUCAGCACAGAUCAAGUUGACCAAAUUCUGAUCGGACAAAUGAAGGGGAUCCAAGGACACUGUAACUCUUGCUACAUGGAUGCUGCUCUCUUCAGUUUGUUUUCCUGCUCAUCCGUGCUGGACUCCAUGUUGUUUAAAUCGAUACAGCCAGAAGAUGCCCCAAUCCAGAGAACACUGCUCAAUGACAUUGUCAACCCUCUUCGAAGUGAGGGCUUUGUGGAAGGUCGACAUAUCAUGCAGCUCCGACAGCAGCUACAAAACCAUGGUUACUGUCACUCCUUCACCACAGAAGAGAAGGAUCCAGAGGAGUUUCUCACUAUCAUCAUGCACCACAUUCUUGCACUAGAUCCUCUACUCAAACUGUCAGCUGGUGGUAAAGUGCAAGAGAGUUAUUGCUAUCAGAUCUUCCUGGAGCAGAACCACAGCCUGGUCCUUCCGACUGUGCAACAGUUGCUGGAACAUUCCUUUCACAGUGCAGGACUCAAACUGGCAGAGGUGCCAUCUUGCCUCAUUCUUCAGAUGCCUCGCUUUGGAAAGAAAUUCAAGAUGUUUGACAAAAUCAUUCCAUCCAUGGAGUUAGACAUAACUAAUCUCCUCUCUGAAGGUCCUCAGCAGUGCAUACUUUGCGGAAACCUGGCCCAAGAAGAGUGCAUUGACUGUUUUGAAGAGCCUGUUUUCAGCCAGACAGGAUGUAAAAUCUUCUGCAAGACGUGCUCAGCUCAGGUUCAUUGCCAUCCUCAGCGGCGCACCCAUAGACCAGCAGCUCUCGACAUACCCGAGGGUUACAUGGCGCGAGGAGUACCACACACUCUGACUAAAGACAUAAUGGAGCUGUUUGCCGUCCUCUGCAUAGAGACAAGCCACUAUGUCUCUUUCCUCAAAUACGGGCCAAACAGUCACGACUGGAUCUUUUUUGACAGCAUGGCAGACAGAGAAGGAGGGACAGAUGGUUUCAACAUCCCUGAAGUGAGAGGAUGCCCUGAGGUUGGCAUCUACCUGGACAUGUCUCCAGCAGAGCUGGCCAAUCAGAUUCCUCGGGACAUGAAAGGUGUCGCCAAACGUCUUUUCUGUGAUGCCUACAUGUACCUGUACCAGAGUACCAGCAUGUGCCUCUAUCACUAAGUGGAAGAAAUCUUAUAGCGUUCAAUAUUUUGUUAUUUGUACACAUGGUAUGUCCUCACUUUUCUCAAUGCACAAUUGUUCCAAGAAGUUUCAGUCAUUUGUCUUAAAAGUACUAUUUGACAAAUAAGACAGAAAUUACACCAAAAUGUAAAGACCUUGUCUCUUCCUGCUGUUAUAGUAAUUUCUAAAUGUUAAUUUGUUUUGUGUUUGUAAAUUCGUCUUGCAUAGUUGUGCCUCAAUUCCCCAAUGAAGAAACCCUAUUAGAGUGUAGGCAUUUUUAGGCCACAGCAUGCAAAUAGACUGUGACUUCCUAGUUAAAUCUGGAUUUACUGUGUAUUUUGUAAUGAUUCAGGAUGUUUUCAGGACCACUCAAACAGCAGUAAAGGUUUUAAUGAUGCCACCCGUUGAUUAUUCCAAUGUUAUCUGAGAUCAUCUGUUCUGGGGCAAAGUCUUAUUUUCAUUUUGUCUUUUUCAGCACAGUACUUUAGAUUUUUGGUGAGAAAAUUGCGCUGUAGUAUACUCAAAACUUGGGGCUGUCUCUAUAUUAAUUAUGAGAGUUUCUAUAUAGUAAUGGAAAAAGAAUAACUGCACAAUAUGAUGGAUUUGUUUUUGCUCAAGUGUAAGUUUUGUAAUUUUGAUUUAUAUUGAACAAACAAAUGGGGGAGGCUUAAAUGACUUGACAAUAUGUUAGCAUGUGUACAAUAUUAGUCCCGGUUGGUCCAGGUAGCUUUCUGUCACAUGAUCAUUAUUUGGUUGUCCGCUAUGUUGGAGGUCGAGAUAGGGAGAUAAGACUACUAGACCGAGUCGUGUUGGUUUUUGGUCGUUUUCCCACAUUUGUUUUGAUGUUGGAUAUCAAAUUUAUUUAUUCAAACGCUCAAUAAGCACCAGAAGAAAACAAUGCAUUGGCCUUCAACAUGGCAGCCAUGAUCGUGUUCAGAAGUGUGUGAUGUCACGGUACAUCUCUAUACUCUUCUGAAAAUUUUCACUGGCUUUUCAUAGUGCCCUAUUGUUUAUGCUAAAUUGUUGAGCCAUUUACCCUGAGAGUAGGAGAAUCUACGGAGCCCCUAUGGCCCGCCACACAAUGCGCAAUAAAAGUGAGAAUAAAGGCGAGAGUGUGGAUAUUUUAAAAGCGGUUUGUUCGCUCUCAUUCAUUUGACUUUACACGAUACUCUUAAGAAUUAUUCGCUCACCUGCCUUGACUCACAUAUGAACUCAAAGGUCCCGUAUUUUGCCAAACCAACUUGUUCUAGUAUUUCGGAUGUUAUAUUGUCUCUAUUGUGCCUCAGUUAACAUGUGAAAUAUGAAUUAAAAGUGU